AUGGGAGGUAAUAUAAAUGAAGCGUGGCAAUUAUCUCAUUGGAGCGGAAAGGGCGGGAGCUGGAAUUUCAAGAUUGCUUCCGGAGAAACUUGUAAGUUAAACCAAGCAACAAAGUAUUGUUAUCCGGAAUUAAGCAAAAAGGGUAUGUCAAGAUGGGAGGGGCUGAGCCAAUGGUUGAGCGAUACCUUAUUAGAUAAUGGCUCUUCUGACUGGGGAGGAAGCUUUAAACCUGAGGUGAAUACCAAACUGCAAGAUUACAGCAAACAAGUAAUGUCCUGGGGAGACGUAAUCCACAGAGUAAUGGACGAGAUCCGGAAGGAUAUAGUAACAAAUCCCAGAGCCUCCACCGAGACGAAAUUCUGGACUCCAGCCGAAUGGUAUAACGUAUUGGGGGAUCACGAAGGAGAGGGCUUGCUGUGGGAUAAAGAAAGUAGAACAAGGCAAGUUCUUAUAGUAAUAGUUUGUAUAAUAACAGGAUUAACAGAAGCCACACAGGAGUUAAACAAAAGAUAUGAAGGCAGAGGAAAACUAUGUGCUAAGGUUGAUUCAGGAUUGACCGUUAACGAGUACGAGUGGGAACAAUGGGAAAAAGGGAAAGGCCAGAUGAGUGGCAAGUCUACGAAUGAAUGUAAUAGUGGCAAGGAACAUAAAAAAUGUCCAGACGCGAGUCUGGGUUUAAUACUGACAGUCUAUGAGGCUCUGACCAGGGUUUGUCCAAAGUGUGGUCCUUAUAGAAUAACCAGAUGGAUUAAGUCCUCAGGCAGAGGGGAAGAGACUAGAGGCACGCUAUAUUGUCGAAUCCAGGGCAACGUUUUGAAUUGUGAGAAGAAUAAAGGAACCGAAGAAUCCGUAUCAGCAUUAUGGUUCGAGAGGGAUGAGAUCGCAGCCCCUACGAAGGACGCAAGAGAGACUAAACAGAAUGAAGCAACCAGUCCAGGAGUAUCCCCCGACGCCAUAGACCAGCAGGGGCAGGGAGGAGAUGACCUAACGAGUACUAAAUUGAAGGAAUCGGAUGCAGUAGUUGUGGAUCAGAAUCCGGAGCCUAUCUCUACCAGCCAUAGAACACCACGCCCCGGAGCGAAACAGCAGGAUGGGAGCCGCCACCAGAGAAACAAUGGGGCAACUACCUCGGAAGGGGGCACAGCCAGGGGGGGGCUGGAUGGGUUGAGUAAAGGACCUGGGGAUCCAUCCAGCCCAGUCCCUACCGGUCGUAUUAAUGGAGAAGACUUUGGAGAACAGGAGCCUUCACAGUUGUCUAAUGAGGACAGUAGUCCUACCGAGAAAGAUUUUGGGGGGAUAUCUCAGGAGGCCCUACCAGGCGAGGGAGGCGGCCAAGGAAUGAGCAGUAUUAUGGGUGGGAUAUUGAGCGUUUUGAUACUUGGCAUAGGAGCCGGAUAUGGCCUAUGUCGGAUUUGGGGCAGGAGGAAGCGGCACAGGCCGCCUGGGGGGGGGCAGGAUGACAGCACUGGACAGCGUGAGUUAUGA